UUUACUGAAUGUCAGUAGGAACCGAAAACUGUAACUUGCGUCAUGUCCAUGACGUUUACAACGGUUUAGCUUUGUACAAGCUCCUGGCUAGUUUGUUACAUGACCCAAAUUAGCGUGGCAAAGUUAGGUGGCAGCAGGAAAACGAUGUGUCAGUCGCUGCAUGGCAAUACAAAUUAGUCCGUUUCAUUCAAAUUUCUCACGAGCGAAUGCGCGUAAAUUGAUAGUUGUUUCAAAUCCAGUCGUAACGAGGAGACACAACACUGAAAUCACCGGCUACAGCGGUCCACAAAAACAACCUUUCAUUGGCUAUGCCAAGACAUUGCUCAGCAGGUGGCUGCAAAUCUCGGGACAACCGUGAGACUCGUAAUGCUGGUAUCACCUUUCACAAAUUACCAAAAGGAGCAACUCGGAGGAACCUUUGGAUCACCAACUCCCACCGUGCAGACUCCUGGGAUCCUCAGACUGACUUUGUCUACUUUUGCUCCAAACACUUCACCCCAGAAAGUUUCGAACUGACUGGAUGCAGUGGGAUCAGAAGACUAAAGGAAGAUGCAUUUCCUACAGUAUUUGAUUCCUCUUCAACAACCAAAUGCAAAAGACCAGGAACACUGCAGAAACCAGAAGACAUUCCUGUCAGGAAGAAUGCUGGCUCAGGCGACCAGGAGAACACUCAGCAGGAGACAGACAAGGGUCAAACUUCAGAAGAACCCACAGUUCAGAUGUCAGUGGCAGCAGCUGAGGAGACUAAUGAAAACAUGCCUGCAUCUUCUCAAGAGCCGUCAGGGGUGGAGCAGCUCUCACAGCAAGAACGUAGUCCUUCACCACCACUGCUGUCUCGGCCCCUCUCCCCAUCACGUUACAUGAGGCGCCUGCCCCCUCCUCCAGGCUUCUACCUGUCAAAGGAGCACAGCUAUGCUCAGCUCUGCCCCCUGCUGUGGAGGAGACGUUUUGACCAGGCUAUUGACUGCUUGGAGAAGGCCUUACGACAGCUGCAUGCAGCUAGGCGGAGGGAGAACCGCCUGCGGAGCACUGUGCUAAGGCUCCGUGAUAAACGGCUGAAGCAGGCUCUGCUUGUGUCACGAGAUGGUUGUAAAAACAGGGGGAGCUGGACACCAGGGGGGGAGAAGAGACAAGGCAAAGGAGGCUCUAACCAGGAGGAGAGUGAGAAUGAUCCUAAAUCUGAGGAUACAGGAGUGUUUGAGGACAGAUGUGUGGAUCAGAUAGAGUUGGGGGGUCGUUUUCUUCCAGACACCAACAGCUGGUCUGAGGAGGAGAAGGAAUACUGCUUUUACUGUGGAAGAGGACAGGUGCAGGUUGGUGGUCAGGUAGUACGCAGAGUUUCAAAGACUGGGAAAGAUGUCCAGCCCACAGUGCAUGAGGACUCUCUAAAGAUUCAGAGAAGUGUUGAAACCAGUUCUUGUAGCACAGCUCAUAAUGCCAAAGACAUACAGAUAGUCAGGUUGGAAAGAUCACCUGGGAAAAGCGUAGAAACUAGUGACUCGGAUGUAACAAAGUCCCAAGUCCUGCUCCAAAUUCAAGGUCAACAUGUGAUCCCUGCUGGAGGGUCUCCAGCAGUGGCUGAUAUUCAUGAGCAAAGUUUGCAGUUUUUAGGCUCUCAGCAGAAGCUGCAGCUCUCUGACAUGUGUGAAGGGGAGACUGAAGCAAGGGGGCAGGAGCAUCACCUGGACCUGCAGCAGCAGCUGUUUUGGAUUCAGGACGGUGCUGAGGGACAGGUCAUUCUGGUGCCUCUCCCUGCUGAAGAUGGAUUACAAAGCAUUCUCAAUAUGGAGGGAGUCGCUGUUGAAGCACAAACCAUACUGGUGUCAGAAGUGGAUCUUAAAGGAGACUUGGGACAAAUGACAGAGAACAGUGGAGCACUGUCCAGAGUUGAAACAGCCUGUGAUGGUGAACAUAGUGAGCAGAAUUCUGUUAUCAACACUGCAUCGGUGGAAAUGAGAGAAAAUGUGAGGGAGAAACUUAAAGAACACCUGGAGGGAUUUCACCUUCAGCUGAGCACCGAGUUUGUAAACUGACAGGAAGUUCUGAAUGAACCCACCAGUGUCAUUUUGUUACCCCAGGUUCAAUCACUGAAUGAUUUGUUUGUGGCAGUAUUUUCUGCCAGAAUAGUUGAAUAUGCUGUAUGUUGUGUAGACCUAAAUGUGACAGCACUUCAGAAUCAACUCCACAAGCAGCCAGUUAUGACAUUGUUGUAGAGCAACAAACCUUUUUGAGAAGCCUUAAAGUCAUAUUCAGUGCCUAGUCACUUUAGAAAGGUGUGAAUCGAUGGAUAAAUGGGUGCUUUUGUGUGACGACCCAAACCAACAAGUGUUGUGUGUGUGUAUCACAGCCUAAUGUAUCUUCCUCCUCUGAGCCUUAGAGCUCCACUGUUGUCCAGAAACUAUUAAAACACAUCAGUGAGCCGCACUGCUGCACUGGGUGACAUGUUCUUUCAUCACCAUGAACACACACACUGGAGUUUAUUCUGACUCAGUCCCCCACACACCGUCCUGCUGCCCCAAAUACUCACUAGAGCCCCACAUGUGGAUUCAUCCGCCGCUGAAAAUAGUCCCCAACAAAUGGACUAUUUCCUCCUUUUCCAAACAGCAGUUUGAGGAAAUGACUUUUUUAAAGAAACUAUAUAUUUGUGAGUUUUUAAAGAUUUGCACCUUCAGUAGGAACCAGUGGGCUUGGAGCUAAGAAAGUCAGAAAGUAUUGAGAGAUGCAUUAACACAUUGUUGGUUUUGGACAUUUUGUUGACAAUUAGAAAAAUAAAGAAGAACACCAGAAUGACAGGUGUUCUUCUUUUUGAUGCACCUAAGGAAAACAUUUGCUAAUGCAAAAUGGUUGAAGAUGACCAGGAUUCAGCUGCUGAGUGACAGCUGUCACUGAAAUGUAAUGUAGGUGUCAAGUCAUUUCUUUUUUCAGUCAGUUGUUUUUUCAUUACCUUCUAUGAAAUGUGACAGAAGAGAAAAUGUGGAGAAGGACCCACAGUGUUCAGAGGCUAGAUAUGUAGUUUCUGAACAUACUGUAUCUUACACAUACAGUACAGUGUAUGUAUGGGUGUGGCCUGUAGCUGAAAUGAAAUGAAAGAUUAAGCUGUGCAUCUGCCUCCAAAGAAAUGUUUUGUUAAGAAUAUAAAUACAAUCAUUACUAAGGUGUCACUUGGAAACAAGUUACUAGUAUGUUGUCAUGAUUAAAAAAAAUACAUUGCAUUUGCUUUAAGGCAAAAAGAUAUUUGUAGAGAUUUAUAUUUGUAUAAUAUGAUUUCCUUGAAAUACCUUCUAAGUUUCACCCUGCUGGGAGGAAAUGUUCAAUAUUACAGAUUCUUAACUGCUUCUAGUUCCUGAAAAUGUAUCUAUUCGUGAUAUACACAAUUAGCAGAAUCUCCAUCAUGUGGAAGCACACACUGCCGAUGUAAAGCAUUAUAAGGUAAAAACAGCACAGACACUUGUGUCUGUUUGCAAAUUUAAAUGAUAGAGAAGGAGAACUUGUAUACUAAAUGACCAUCCCUCUAAAACUAAACAUUCCUGUAAUGUUCCCCAGGCCUUCUGUACUGUCCUUCUCGUUCAAUCACCUGGAAAGCUCUGAUUCUUUAACCCGGUGAGGUUAAGUCUACCACUGUAAUUACUGUUUGACACAACUAAAGAUAUGCUAUAUCAAUAACAUGCUUAAAGUCUCACUCCACUGAUUUUACAUAUCUAGAUCUGUUUUCUGACCGUGGUUCGUCCUACUCAGCCUGUGACAGUUGUAUGCCUUUUGUGGCUCUGAAGGGGCAGAGAAAAUAACCUUGAUGAUGCCAUUGAUGUCAUCAUCUCACCAAGCUGAGGGUUAUCUCAGCUUGGUGUAACAGUCAAAGUUGUGAAGUGUACCGUGUAUACGAGAUGCAUGCAGUGUGUUGGGCGGCGCGCCUCUUGUUUUAAACUGAAGUGUAACGUUUGGGUUCAGAUCAGAAUCAGAAAUACUUUAUUGAUCCCCGAGGGGAAACUCUUUCGUUACAGCUGCUCACUAUCACGUCAAUGCACACAGGAAUAGAAGUACUAAUAGAAUAGAAUAGAAAUAAUAAUAAAAUAAUUCCGCAAAGAGACAGUUAUUUCUAGUAAGAAAUUAAGAGAUGUGCAAAUCAAAAUAUAAUACACCAUAAUACAGGUAAGAUAAAUUAAGUACAAAGUGGAUAUAAAGUAUAAAGCUAAAAUGAGUGUAAAGUACCAAAGUGGAUUUAGAGGUUGAUAAGUAUGUAACGGUGUAAUACAAUGUAAUAAUAUAAGUAAUAGUGCAAUAGUGUUACGUGUGGCCUCUGUUUUGUUCAUGUAUAAUAAAAUGGUAGCCUACAACCGGGCUUGGUAAGGUUGAUGUGUAAGUUAGUAAUAAAUGACGAGCAUUGUGGAAACCCCA